AUGCGUUUCUCUCCUUCUUUCGCUCUCACUGCGAGCUUGGCUGUCGCUAAUGCUGCUGCCAUUGUUCCUUCUGAAAAUCUUCAGGAGCGCAGUCUAGGCAAGCUCAUCUCUGAGAUCAUUGUGUUGGUCAAGGAAAUUACCACUAUUCCCAUAGUGAUUGAUCAACAAAUCAACAAGAACACCGUCAUCAGCACGAAUGGAGUCACUUGCAAAGUCACCAAUGCACCCACUCAUUUGCGCACCACUUUGUACAAGACUACCUCAGUCACGAAGUCUUCGACUAAAACAUCGACUUCGACUGUCAAGAAUGGCAAUGGACAAAGCACAGCAACAUCUGUAGUUACUUCUACUUCGUCCAGUGUUGCCCCUGUCACUACCAUCUCGGUUGCUUCCACUUCGCCAUCCGUCUCGUCAGCCUCAUCUGCUUCUUCGCACACCUCGGCCAGCAGUGUGGUCUCUGUCAACACUUCAGCAGCUGGAACUGGAUUGAACACCGACCUGUACACUGCAACUUCUACCUACCCUCAGAGCAGCACAACUGUCACCACUGUCGUGACUUCUACUUCCACCGGAGCAUCCACUACCAAGGUUGUCUCUAGCACUGGUACCACUACCGUUCCUGCCUCCACCACAUCGCUUGCCUCUGGUGAAUGGACUGACUGGACCAUCUAUAGCGCCAAUGGCGUCAACUUAGGCAACUGGCUCGAGAUUGAAAGAUCCAACAACCAAUACUUCUGGGAUUCCUAUGUCAAUGGUUCUGCAGUCACUGACGAGUGGACCUUCUGCAAGACCCUCGGCAACGAGUGCGGUUCUGUUCUUGAAGCACACUACGGGUCUGCCGUCACCACCGAAACUAUUGAUAAGCUUGCUGGUGUUGGGAUCAACUUCCUUCGCAUCCCCACGACCACUUAUGGAAUGAGAGUCGUAAUCGGGCUGCAUUCGCUUCCUGGUGGUGUCAAUGGGCUUGAUAUUGGUGAGGCAUCAGGCCAUGACGCAUGGUUCUACAAUGAGACCAACCUUGAAUAUUCCUACAAAGCCGUCUCUGCUGUCCUCAGCUUCGUCGAGGCCUCAUCUUACUCUUGGGCAUACACUCUGAGUGUCCUCAAUGAGGCAUCUGACACUCCUUCUGCAUUUGCCACUGCAGAUACCCUCACCACCAACGGUACUCAAUGGAUCGUCGAUUAUACCAACGGCGUUUUUGACUUGAUUGCCGAGUCUAGUGUUACCAAGCUACCGGUUAUGCUUCAAGACUGCUUCCUCGGUGAGGAACACUGGUCUAGCUACUUCGCAUCCACUGCGAACCUGGUCAUCGACACUCAUAUCUACUAUUUCGCCGCCUCGGGUAUCUACUCCGAGUACGUCAACAGCGCUGUUUGUGGUCAAGCAUCCGUGGCUCCCGGUGAUGGCAAGUUCCCUGUUUUCAUCGGAGAAUGGUCUCUUCAAGUCCUUUACAACAACACUUACGAAGCUCGCGAGAGUAUCUUCAACACCCAACGCUAUGCAUGGAGCCGUUAUGUACAGGGUGGCUCGUUCUGGGGUGCGAUCUUCAAUGGCACUGACUCGGUUGACGGUGAGGGUACUCAGCGCGACUACUGGAGCUACAACCGUCUCAUUGAUGCUGGCGUCGUGAAGAGCCCUACCAACGCGACCUACUGCUAGUGGUGAUCAGGAGGAGUGGAAGCGAAAAAAGUCGGGGUGGGAGAUGCUGAGCGUGGGCGCAGGUCCGGAGAAUGUUGUGAACAUCUUCUUGAACGCUUGAUUUGCGUGUUUUGCCUGAGAUCUUGGAUCACGCUAAGCUGGAAAUCGGUCGAGCAAAUUAUAUAGGC